CAGAGAGAUGAAUCCUUUCUGUAAUCCUCUAGACACACGCUCGGUCUGGCUGCCUACUAACUCUGAGAGACGGAGAGGGAGGCAGAGGCUGCAGGUGGAGUGUACAAACGGAGAGUGGAACCAAGUGGGAACGGAGAAAAGGAUGAGGUGGGGACAAGAAAGAAGAGCACCCUCUUGUUAAGCGAAAUACUCCCAGCGAGAGGAAAAGGUGGAGGAGGGGAGGAGAAACCACCAAGCCACUCUCGCACGGCUUCAAGCGGAGGACACUGUUGGAGGGAGCAGGAGGUGGAUGCUUCUCUUCACCGCUGCCUGAACAAAAACCAGGAGAGGGGGGGAAGCACUCACGCUGAUCUGGGAAGGAAGGAGGAGGUCAUGAAGAGGAUGGGAGAGGGAGGCGGAUCUCUUUUAAUUGAGGCUCGCAUGAACGUGUGGACAUGACCCCGGUUUGACAAGAUGCUCGCAGUGUGUUUGAGGAGGUCUUCUGUGGGAGAGGGGUGCACGUCGGCUCUAAUUGUGGCUGCUCCUUGAAAGUCAUCCGGAGACGACAACUUGUGUGCGUGUGACAGGAAGUGUGUGUACUCACAGGAAAGUAGGAAGACCCUCUGGUGCAGCAGGUUCCUAACACCACCCAAAGCUGCUCUACCGCACCUUUGCAAGCAAGGUGGGAGAAGAAGAAGAAGGGACUCAAGCACCUUCACUGGUACCUUACUGAAAGGGUUGGGGUCUUCUUUAUUGUCCCUUUCUUCAGUGGAUGCCUCCAAAGCGCAGCCAUGGGAGAAUGGACCAUACUGGAGCGCCUCUUGGAGGCCGCCGUGCAGCAGCACUCUACGAUGAUAGGAAGGAUACUGCUGACGGUGGUUGUGAUCUUUCGCAUCCUGAUCGUGGCUAUUGUGGGGGAGACGGUGUAUGAGGAUGAGCAGACUAUGUUCAUCUGCAACACCCUGCAGCCGGGCUGCAACCAGGCGUGCUAUGACAAGGCCUUUCCUAUCUCCCACAUCCGCUACUGGGUCUUCCAGAUCAUACUGGUGUGCACGCCCAGCCUCUGCUUCAUCACUUACUCCGUUCACCAGUCGGCCAAACAGAGAGACAGACGCUACUCCUUUCUCUAUCCCAUCAUGGAGCGAGACUACGGGGGAAGGGAUGGGGCGCGAAAGCUACGAAACAUUAAUGGAAUUUUAGUUCAGCAUGGCGGCGAUGGCGGAGGAGGUAAAGAAGAACCUGACUGCCUUGAAGUGAAGGAGAUCCCCAAUGCCCCACGAGGUCUCACCCACGGGAAGAGCUCCAAGGUACGUCGACAGGAAGGGAUCUCACGCUUUUACAUCAUUCAGGUGGUGUUCCGAAACGCCCUGGAGAUUGGAUUUUUGGCCGGCCAGUACUUUCUCUAUGGCUUCAGUGUGCCUGGGAUUUUCGAAUGUGACCGCUACCCGUGUCUGAAGGAGGUGGAGUGCUACGUGUCUCGCCCCACGGAAAAAACUGUUUUCCUGGUGUUCAUGUUUGCGGUGAGCGGUAUUUGUGUGGUGCUCAACCUGGCCGAGCUCAACCAUCUGGGCUGGCGCAAGAUUAAAGCGGCCAUCAGGGGCGUCCAGGCCCGCAGGAAAUCCAUUUGUGAGAUCAGGAAGAAAGACAUGGCGCAUCUGUCCCAACCACCCAACCUGGGGCGCACACAGUCCAGCGAGUCGGCCUACGUCUGAUGCUAAAGAGCAGAGGAAGAGGAGUGGAAGGAAUGUGCGAGAGUGAAAAGGCAGUAAUUAUGAUUUUUAAAGGGAAGAGGAGGUCAAAUCGGAUGACGAGACGCAUCUCUGUGAUGAUGGGAUGAAGACCAAACCUCCAUCUGGGUCACUUUAGGAGCCAAGACAUAAAAUGAAAACGUAUAAAAGAUAACACAUUUUAACCUCAUUUUUCGAGAGCUGUUCUCACUGCCAUUUUUUCUUUUUUUACUACAAACUCCUUUGUCCCCUUAUGUCUUUUGACCGAGAGAGACAAAUCCUCAGAAGGCCGGGCAGGUAACAACUGAGUGGAAGAGGACUGCUUUGUGUUAUUUGGGGAUGCUGCGGGAAUGACGGCAGUCAUUUGAUGCAUCCCAUGGUGCUUUUCUGGACUGUGUCAGCUUCAGUGAAAAAAGGGAUGGGCGAUGGGACAGGGAGGAUGAGCAGCAAUAGAGCGAGGAGAAGGAACGGAAGACCUGUCAAAGCUGUGACAGGAAAAAUAAGGCAAGAUUAGAAGGGGGGCCAUCACACUCUGGGAAAACGUGAAAGAGGAGUCGUGUCCUCCUGCGGCGGGAGAGUGAAGCCAAGUGAGAAAGAGCUGCUCUGAUGAGCGUCAUCCUUGUCCAAGCCAAAGCCAAGAGAAGAAGAGUAACGAUGUUUAUGUUUUCGUCUCUUGGCAAACGAGUAUUUUAACACAAACAUAACUGGUACCACACACUUUUUUUUUCUCUCCUCCUCCCUUUGUGUCGCUUACGCCACAGUUGGCAGCUAUGUAGACCCCCAAAGGGGGGAGCGGGAGGCGUUUUUUUUUUUCGUAAGACAGUAACGGCCCUCGCUGCUCUCCUUCUACGUCCAUGUUGGAGAGGAACUGGUGAACACAGAGACAUGGGGCGUGUAAACGCUCCCAGAGCACAAACCAAACGUUCCUCCAUGCAGCAUUCCAGGGCACUGAGAGUCUAGGGAGAGACCGUCCAGAAGACGAGGGGAACCUUUCUCUUUAUUUUUACAGCUUAAAUGAAUUCUAUGAAAUAUCUAACAAAUGUGUUACACUUUUCUUUUACGAAAGCAAUGGUGCCAUCCUUGACAGAUUUAAACAUUCUUGAAUCGAUGAAUAGUGCAUAUCAAUGAUAUUAUUUAUGCAUUUAGAGUAUAUUCAAAUCAUUUAUUUAUCUUUAUGGGUGGGUCCUCUGGGACGUCAUGUUCAACUUUCCAAAUGUAUGACGUGUUUGUCUUUUUUUUAAUUUUGUAUUCUUUUUCACUGAUGAAAGUGAUUAUCGACAUGGGAAUGGCAGGGUUGCCCUUGUGAGCUUUUUUUGAACGAUACGAGCAUGUGCAACUGAUUUUGCUAUGUACAAAGUUUCGAAAAGUGCUGGGGAAAAAAUAUCUAGUUUUUUUCCCAUAGAAAGCCUUGAUUUGCUUCUUCAAAAUCAGCUGCACAGCUUCAGGCAACUAAGGCCUGCGAGCAUUUGAAAAAGCAUGUUUACAUGACGCAAUGUUACUGAAUGAUCAAGCUGUGUAACCAAUGAAUCGUGGAUUGCUUGGAGUUUUGUUGUGCGUUGAGCUCCUGAGUGGAUUUCAGCAUGCAUGCAAUGUCAGAGAAAAGCAUAAGAGAGCUUUGAAAGAAUUAGAAGAAAAAAAACAUUGGGAAGUGUUGCACUUUGAUUUAGAAAGACAAGUGGGAGAGUGGCAGACUGAAGGAACGUUGGUUGGACAGAAGUGGAGGACGUUCUCAGACACACAUAAACAUCGUUACAACCUCGCUGUGAGCCUGUGAAACCAGAUAUGCGGACUGUUUCGUUGGCUACACAUGGCAACCUUGAAAAUGACAUCUGUCAAAACGCAAACAAAAUUAGGCUUGGGUCCCUCUUCAGGACGAGCCAGUUAAAUCAUUUUUACUGAUGUACCCCCCAAAUACACACACUCACGUUUACACGUUCACGUUUACAUGCACUAAAUUAUGGCAUGAAUUUGGUUGAGAGUUUUUACGCACUUUAUUGAAUGAUGCUUGAACGCCCCACUGUAGAUGCAAAAGCAAAACUACACCACUUUAUCCAACGCUGCCGCCUCAUCCUUGUUCCCUGUCGUUACGCAAUCUGUACCGGAAACGCAAUCGGUCCUGCGCGUGCGCGAGCACUACGUCACUUCCUCCUUUUGUCAAAUUUGAACAAUUACAAAAAAAAAGUCCGUCAUUUUGUUGGCCUGGAUAAAUUGACAUCUCUCUCCUCUUUUUACCGCACAGGCUGGAUGACGAGAGGGUUCACUCUGCACAUACUGUAGGUGAGGUUGCUUUCAUGCUGGACGUGGAAUAUUCGUCUCCGUCGCUUUUUCACGUUGGCAGUUGGACAUUUGGCUCCGUAGCAACAGCGGUAGUUCCCCCGCACUGCUCUCUCAUGGUGCGGGGAGCUCGCACAGGAAGAGUCCAUCCAUCCAUCCAUCCAUCCACCCAUCCAUUUUCUUCCGCUUAUUCGGGUCCGGUUCGCGGGGGCAGCAGUCUCAGUAGGGAAGGCCAGACUUCCCGGUCCCCAGCCACCUCUUCCAGUACCACUGGGAGGACACCAAGGCGUUCCCAGGCCAGCUGUGAGACAUAAUCCCUUCAGCGUGUCCUCUGUAUACCCCGGGGAAACUAAUUUCUGCCACUUGUAUCUCGUUCUUUCACCCACGACCCAAAGCUCAUGGCCACAGGUGAGGGUGGGAACAUAGUUCGACCGGUAAAUUGAGAGCUUUGCCUUCCGGCUCAGCUCUCUCUUCACCACGACGGUCCGGUGGUGCAACCCGGAAGGUGCAAUCCACCCUUUUUCGACUGAGAACCAUGGCCUUGGAUUUGUAAUAUCACGAGAAUAAAGACGUAAAUUUACGAGAAAUCUCUUGUAACUUUAUGUUACAGGCAUUGCCUGAGACAGCUAUGACACGCAAUAUUACAAUUUUAUUCUCGGAAAUUUACGACUUUAUUCUCGAAAUCCUAGAUUUGUUUUUUUCUAUGUGGCCCUAAUACUCCAUCGUACUCCACAGUAUAAACACACAGAUGCUAAAUGUCCAGUGUUCUACUUCCAGUAUAUUGUUAAACAGGCGGAGAAAUAAAGUCACAUGGGGUUGUUUAAAGUACCACCGAAUGACCAAGCUAACAUUCAUCUUUGAUAACCAGCUGAAGAAUAUCAGCACUUACGGCUAUUACAGCUGUGAAUGAAGCAAGUUUACGUCAUAACGUGACACGGCAUCCUCAACAAGCAAAGCAAGUGUUGGAGCGCCAGGAAGAAAGGAUGAAGCCAACCAAAUCCCCCCAAAUCUCUCUGUUGUCUAUUCACUCCCACUGUCAUAAUCUCUCUGAUUCUUCCAGGUGAUUAUCCCCAGAUUUAGACUCUUCCAGGCAUCAUCUAUGCUCCCCAUUUGGGAUUGAUGUGUUCCACCGUAUAGUCCGAUGCGCUGACACGACACUCCACAAUGCCUAUUAAUAGAUUUUGAGUCUUGGCUUCUCCUCAGGGAGCACUUGUAGAAAAGGCUUAUCACCGACCUUGCGCCUUAAGGCCAAGCCAAUGUCCUGUGCUAUUUACAGCGCCUUCUGGAGAGUCACUACCUAGCACAGAUCUAAUCUCCACAACACAGGCCAUUUAGACGAUGGAGGACACGUUGAAUACACAUGUCGUUAUGUCUGGUUUCAUUCAGGCCAGCGUGAGCAUGCACAAGGACGUACAUUCAAUGUGUGCGUUGCCACAGUUAGACAAUUUUCACUCAGAACACACGAGUCCUUGCAGGCACACUCCACAUUGAUCAGCGGUCCGCCACUUCCCAAAGCAAUUCUUCCAACAUUCCACUACUCUCCACAGUCUACUUUUCUAUUUGUCAGUGUGAAAUUAAUUAUGCAACUUUUUUUUUGGGGUGGGAGGGGUUCUAAUUUACUUAUUGACUUGUGGAUUCAGUUUGUUGUCUGUCGCUCUUUUUGUGCAGUCAAAAAAAGGACGUUUUUGUAUGUAAAAGAACAAAAGAAAAAAACGGAAACAUGUCAAAUCAAGGGUAGAGAGCUGAAAAGACGAAAAACAAGAAAAUAUGUUAAAAUGCCUCCCUUGCCAAAGUGAUAUGCAAAAUUUGUUUUUUUUAAAAAAACUGCAUGUGUAACAGAUAGAUUAAGCAUGUUUCUAUGUUUUCUUCGACAAUAUCUUUUUUAGAAAGCUGUCACGUCUCAAUGCCAAGAGUGUGUAUUAAUGACCAUGUUGUUGAGAUCGUACAAAGCCACACACGACAACUCAGUGAAGUCCAAACUACCUACAGUAUGUCAGCAGACGUCCUUCACAGAGUCAGCCAUUUACCAUAGGACAGGGGUGCCCAACGUGCAUCCCGGGGGCCAUUUGCAGGCCACGGCACAUUCUAAAAAUAUCAUUUAAUAAGAAAUAAAAAAAAUCUGCAGUAAUUUAACAAGAAUAAAGUCAAAAUAGUAGGAGGAAAAAGUAGCAAUCUAACAAGAAAAAGUCCAUUUUACAUGAAUAACAUAAUAUUAUGAGGAAAAAAACAUCAUUUUAUGAGAAUAAAGUCAAAAUAUUAAGAGAAAAAGUAAUGUCAUUUUAGGUGCAGAGUUUAAAUAUUAAAAGAAAAAAGUUUCUGAUUUGAAACAAACAAAGCAAAAUAAAAUUAUUUAUUUUUGUUAAAUUAGGUUGGGAAAAAUGCUGUCAUGUGGGACUAAAGUCAUAAUAGUACGAGAAGAACAUUUACAAAGAUGAUGAAAUAUUAGCAAAAUGUUAAAAAGACCAAAGUUCAUACUAAUAAUACUAUUUCUUUUUUUUCUUUUUACCUUUUUUUAAUA